AACCCCACCCUAAACCCCUCCCUCCUCCUCCUCCUCCUCCUCCUCUUCUUCCUCCUCAGCUGGGAGAAGUUUGCAGCAGUCUAACAGCAGCGUGUUUCACUGAGAGCAGCAGAGCAAGAGGAGAGGCUUUCUGUCUGAUUUUACUCACAGCUUCUGAUUUGAAUUUGAAUCCGAGUCGUCACUGAUGUCGCCUAAGUAGCAGCUGCAAACGGACUCAAGUCUGUCGGAGGUGCUGGAAACCUACAGCGGGAGGAAGAGGAGCAGAGGCAAACUGACUGAAGAAGAAGAAGACAGUCCCGUUGAUAAAGUCGUCAGGAUGAACAACAACAAAAGCGAGAAGGAGACCGAGCCGAGUGAGUUCACCAACCACGAGGAAGAGGUCCGGACGCUCUUCGUCAGUGGGCUGCCGCUGGAUAUCAAGCCUCGUGAGCUCUACCUCCUCUUCAGACCUUUUAAGGGAUAUGAAGGCUCCUUGAUAAAACUCACAUCCAAACAGCCGGUGGGCUUUGUCAGCUUUGACAGCCGAUCAGAGGCCGAGGCAGCGAAGAACGCCCUGAAUGGGGUCCGGUUCGAUCCAGAGAUCCCUCAGACCCUCCGGCUGGAGUUUGCCAAGGCUAACACCAAGAUGGCCAAGAACAAGCUGGUGGGCACCCCCAACCCCCUCCCCUCCCAGCAGAGCCCUGGGCCCCAGUUCAUCAGCAGAGACCCCUAUGAGCUCACAGUACCCGCUCUCUAUCCCAGCAGCCCUGAUGUGUGGGCAUCAUACCCGCUGUACCCGGCGGAGCUGUCUCCUGCACUGCAACCCGCUUUCACCUACCCCUCCUCGCUGCACGCUCAGAUCCGCUGGCUCCCUCCUGCAGAUGGAAGUCCUCAGGGAUGGAAGUCCAGGCAGUUCUGCUGAAGUACGUGCUCCUGAUGUGUGAUGGUGUGCGGCUGUGAUGGUGUUGCUGCCUCUCGUGUCCCGUUAAAGGAGGAGGACUGCCCCCCCCCCCCUCGAAGCAGCACCGUCGCAGCCUCCUGGGCCUCAGGACAGACCGCCCCCCCCCCCCUGCCUCCAUCACACAUCGAGCCCCCCCCCCCCUUCCCCCAACUGUUUUUUAUACUGUUACACACUCCUCUUCGCAGUGACAGUGCUCCCUCCUGGUGAAGGUACCCCCCCAUGUUAGCACUGCUCGCUAAUGUUAUUACUAUAAUUAUUACUACUCUGUAUAUCAUUAAUAUUAAUGUUAUUAUUAUGAUUAUUACAUACAUGUUAAGCAUGACUUUGCAAAAAAAGGAAAAAACCCAAUGCUGUACAUUUUUAGAUAUUUUAAAGAAAUACAAAAAAGUAUUUUUGUAAUCGAAACUGUUUGAAAUGUUUGAUCCUGUGUGUGAGGAACAAUAUGUGUGAUAUCAUAAAAUAAUGAGUCAUCAUAAAGACAAUGAGUCAUCAUAAAAUAAUCAAGUCAUAAAAUGAGUGGCCGUGAUGCACCAAAGCAGAGUGUGUCUGCUUUUCUACUUCCUGUUUCUACGUGUGGGUACCCGAUGGAGCCAACAUGUAGUCCCGAUGGGGCCAACAUGUAGUCCUGAUGGAGCCAACAUGUAGUCCUGAUGGAGCCAACAUGUAGUCCUGAUGGAGCCAACAUGUAGUUCUGAUGGAGCCAACAUGUAGUCCUGAUGGAGCCAACAUGUAGUCCUGAUGGAGCCAACAUGUAGUUCUGAUGGAGCCAACAUGUAGUCCUGAUGUAAUUUUAAUGGAGACCACAUGUAGUAGUAAAGCCAACAUGUAGUCCUAAUACAGCCAACUUGUGAUCCUGACAUAGUCCUGAUGGAGCCAACAUGUAGUCCUGAGGGAGCCAACAUGUAGUCCUUCUUUUUCUUCUUCUUCUUGUUCUCCUUGUUCUCCUUGUUUUCCUACCGGGGACAGUUGUAGACGGGUGUAUUUGGGUGGAGUUGUUCUCCUCCUGACGGCUGUGGUCCUCGCUGAGAUGUCUUGUGAAGUUUGACGUUAUUUGAGCUUCCUGUCUCCUUUGGUGUGACAGCAGGGAGCCGCUCAGCGUCUGAAAGGAAGCAUUUAGUCUCUUUCAUCUAUUUUUAGUGAUUUGCUCGUUGAUGAUUGGAUAAAAUACUCUUUGUGUGUAUUCUGGGCCUGCAAUAAUCUUUGCUGUCUGACACAUCACUGAUCACACUCCUGUGACACUGUGACGCCCCCUUGAUGUGGCGUUCUUAGAAAACUUCGUGAAGAGGCCGGGUCACGCUGAGAAACAGUCCUCCCUGUGAUGUUAAAUCAUAUAGCCAGUGUUUGUAAUGAAUAAUAAUAUUAAUAUGCACAUCAUGAUUCUGUUUCUACAAACAUUUUUUAAGCCAAGUGUGGCAGCAGAUUUACUAGAACAAGUAUUUAUAAGGUGUGUGUGUGUGUGUGUUUUUUUUGGGUAUGAUGUUUUUAAAGUAAGAUGCCCAUCAUAUAACUCUCUGUAAGUAUUCCUGUAAGUCUAACUGUAUAUUCCUUUGGUAAUUUUGUAGAGCUUUGUGUGUUUGUAUAUGAACAAUGAUAAUCACUGUGAGCUGCAGAAGUCAGCAGUGUGUACUGUGUGUGUUCCUGCUCCUCGUGUACAGUGUGUGUGUGUGUGUGUGUGUGUGCGUGUGCGUGUGCGUGUGCGUGUGUGUGUGUGUGCGUGUGCGUGUGCGUGUGCGUGUGUGUGUGUGUGUGUGUGUGUGUGUGUGUGUGUGUGUGUGUGAAGCAACAAAAAAAGUGAUCAAAAUGAGUUUUUAUGAAAAUGUAAAGACAUUAAAGAUUGACGUCAUGUCAAGAUUACA